AUGGGAACGAACACUCGACUCGCCGAUCGUGGCGUUUGUGAGGCACCCGGGGACGAGAAUCCGUGUAAUCUGCGUGGAAACGCGAGUCGCCGGCGCUCGAAGCCGAUUCGAGCGCGGGCCAGCCUCGAGGACGAUGAUGGACAGUGGCAGAGGCCGCGAGAACUUCCGGUUUUCCGCGGUGACGUCGCCGGGGGCCCGCCGUGCGAGAUGCCGCAGCAGAAGUUCCACUGCGGCGACUGCAAGAACCGUCUGCCCGACUUGACCAGCGACAUGUGUCGUCUGUUGUCUUACAAAAGUCUGAACGGCCUGGCGAAGGAGAAGGACAAGAGAAGGAGGAACGAGGAGGAUGAAAAGACGUCGAAGACGCUGGAAGACAAGGAAUUGGAGAGGAGUUAUACCCUCUCGACCCCAGGGGGUAGCAGCCCCGUUUGUUGUCCGCCCUGCAGCCCACCCCCUGCACCAGCCGCAUACAUAUCGAGCGCACGUGCGUCCUCGCGGAGACUCGGCGCCGGAAGUGGGAUCGGAGGGCCGCCGUCCCCGGAAAGGGAUCCUCUGGCGAGACUGUUGAGAUUCCUGAAGUCCUUCUACAAGGAGCUAGGCACUCGUGAUCCACCCCAUUUGCCAGCAUGGGCGUCGCCUCUUCCACUCGGCACCCUUUGUCCGGCGCACUUCCAGCCGCACCUGCAGCUGUUGCACAAAGGCGAGCAGGAGCACAGACUCGAGAACAUCAAGCCCGACCAGAUCUUCGCUCCCGUCAGGUUGAGCGACGGCACGGUGUCAGAGGCGCCCCGUCGAGUGGCCAUCGAGGGUGGUCCCGGAAGUGGAAGAACGACGCUGUGUCUCCGCCUUCUCUACCAGUGGGCGAUCCAAGGCGAUGGUCCGGCCCUGGCCUUCAUCGUUCCCCUUCGCGAACUUCGUGGCAGCCCCGUGUUGAAUUACUUGGCUCGAGAAUUAUUCCCGAGGACGGCCGCCAUCGGGGACGCCGUGGCCCAAGUAUGGCGCACGCUGCAUCUAAUGGAGGAUGGCGUGCUGUUUAUCCUGGACGGGUACGACGAAUGCGUGGGCGGAAGAGCAUCCCUAGGCGACGCAGUGGAUCUACUCGAGGGACGUUUAUUCCCGGACGCGAGGAUCCUGGUCACUUGCUCGCCCAGUAACUCGAGCGUGCUGUCGCCGCUGGUCCAGAGGAGGAUCCAUCUGGCCGGUCUCGAGUGGCCGCACGUCGAGAGGCUCUGCGUCGCGUAUUUCAUCCACAACGACAUCGCGGAGAAGGCUUGCGAGUUCCUGGAAGCGCUGAACGUGCAGCCGCAGACUGUCAAACAGCUUGGUCAGCACCCUCUCGGCUGGAUUAUGCUCUGCUGCCUCUAUCAGGACUCGGGCAGUUUACCAACGGAAACCAGCGCAUUGGUCCAAGCUGCUGUAAAGUGUAUCGUGAAGAGAAGCCUGGAUCCGCCGAUUCCCUACAACGAGGAGAUCCCGGGCCAUUGUAGGAAGAGAUUGGAGGACUUUGGAAAGGUGUCUCUGGCCGCGCUGAGGGAAGGCAGAUGCUGCUACACGGAGGCUGAACUCAGGGCACGUGGCGGGGGUAUAGAAGUCACCAGGUUGGGCUUCCUGACCAAGGGAUUGACUUUCGGACAACGACGGAAGCCAGACCUCUACGCGCCUAUCCACAUGGCAGUGGCCGAGUUCCUGGCAGCAUACUAUUUGACCUCCGUAGCUCAGUACGCGAAUAUUCUUCGAAGAGAAUUGGAAGGCCUACCCUCGGGGAUCAUUAGUCACCUGGCCGGCCUGCUGGGACCCAAGACGCAUCUGAUACUGAACCAGCUGUGUCCCCUGGAGGUGCCACCAAGAGCAGUGUUCUCGUUGCUGAAAGCAGCCGGUGCCUCCGAUGGCAACAUCUCGGCCGUGUGCAGAUUGGUCGGUGCAGGACCCGGAUUCGGGCCUGCACCCAACGAGAGACCACCAGCGCCUCUGGUUCACACCUCGCCCCUGGAACUCGAGGGGUGGGCACGGAUCCUCGAGAGCCCGGCGUGCACCCUCGAAGCCCUCGAGGUGGUGUUCCAAGUGGAGAGAGGCUCGGAUCCCAGAUAUCUGGACGACUUUUUCGAGGCACUGGCCGGGAACGAGAGCGUCAAGCUCGUGAGAAUUACGUCGCUGCUCGGGCAAGAGUUCCCUGCGGAUGAAGCACAGAAGCUCGCCGGUCACUUGAAGAACGUGGAAAAAUUAGGGAACGAAGCUUUUGUACCCCGGCUCGAAGACGAGGCAUCGAUCGGUUGUUCCAGAUUGGAGUGCGUGGUGAACGCCCUUUGCCGUGGACUGAGUCACGCGUCAAGCAGCCUGGCACGGCUGGUCCUCGACAUGAAUCUGUCCGGCGAGCAAGUGUCCCGGGUCUGCGAUGCUCUUCGUGGCUGCGUUCAAGUACAGGCGCUGCACUUGCCCCAUUUGGGCUGCGGCUGCGAGGGGUUGGCCUCGGUCGCCGAGCUGCUGAAGGAGAGGCCUCUGCUCGCGCUCAAUCUCGCCGGCAGCUGGGGUGCCAAGAACGAGGAUCCGUCCAGCUCUGGAAUCAGUAUGGGCUCGGGAUCCGGUUCUGGAAGCAGCGGAUGCGCGUCCAGCACCCUUGGUCCUGCGCCCGCCACCGGAAACGGGCCGCUGCCUCAGAACGAGAGGGACAGGGAUAGCAACGGGAGCAGCAAGAGGAACAGCGACAGCGUGCUCUGUCAUCGCCUGCCGUUGCUGCACCCGUUACCCACUUGCGACGUCAGCAGUCAUCAAGGAACUGGCUUCCACGAGAUCUUCAACGCUAUCAGAGAGCCGAACUGCAAGCUGAGGUCCCUGAACGUGUCCAAGUGUUUGCUCGGCGGAUUAGAUGCGGGCUGCUUGGGGGAGACCAUCAGAAGAGCGCGCAAUUUGGAUGCUUUAAGGGCAGCCGGUGCAUCGAGACCUGCGGACGUGAUGCCGUUGGUCCUCGCGUUGACGGAGGCCCCGUGUCUUCAGCUUCUGGACCUGGCCAGCCCUAGACUGGCCCUCGACGAUCAUCCUUCGCGACUGCUGUGCCACGCUCUCGCCAGGAACACCACCCUCAAGCUGCUCAGCCUGGAGGGCUGGACCUUCAGAAUAGAGGAAUCGGACAGCCUGGCGGUGUUCUCCGAGCUGCUGAGAUACACGAGCGUCCGUGAGCUGAGCCUUUGCAACGCCCGGCUACAUCUGGCCGUCCACGAGGGUCCUUUGGCGAGAUUAGGGCGUCGCGACGACGCCGGGGCCGAGCUACUCAGAGCCGCGCCGCCCCCUGCUUGUCCCGCGAUUGUAUUCCUCAGGCUGGCCGGUUUUCAAGUGACAGUGAACGAUCGUCUGGCGCUUCGAGGGCCGUUGCUGUUGCCGUUCCUCGCGGGCUUCACCGCGCUCAGCGAGCUCGACCUCUCGCUGGACAAGUCCACCAUAGGGGGCAGCAGCGGAUCGCUGCUCUUCAUCGACGACAAGAUCCUGCAGCAGUUCUUCGCCUGCCUCUCUUCUCACUUCAGGAACUUACAGUCGCUGAGGAUCAACUUCUGGCGGGUCACCUUGGAGGACAGCGAGAAGACGAUGAGGCAGAUCGCGAAGUACCUAAAAUUAUGCAACCUGAGUUUUCUAAAAGCGAACGGGCUGAUCGUGACCGACAGCGCGAAGAAGGUGCAGAUGGAGCACGUAUUCGUGCAGACGAUCCUCACGCAUCUUCAGUACUUAACUUGGCUCUGCCUGGACGGCGUUGAUCUGACGGAAACGCAGGCUUCCAGCGUCGGGAAAUGCGUGAGGGACCGAUUCCCGGGUACCUCGUUGGAGAUCAGCGCCAAAGACGUGCACGUGAAGUCGGUGAAGGCUCUGGUUGCCGCGAUAGAGGAAGGUGGAAGGGCCGAGGUGGUGUACACCGGUGGGUCGAACUGCAGGCUGAAGAUCACGAAGAUCCAGAAGAACAGCAAGGGUAAGAAGAAGUGAAGAUCCGUCGGCGCAGCACCCUUGGUUGUCAGCGACUUGGAAGUUUCUUGAUUGUCCGCUCGCCGGAGAACGUGGCCAUGGAAAAAUAAGGACUGGAAUUUGAUCGUGAACGAGAGAAAAAUAUAGAGACGAGAAACGUCCAAAGUAGAGACGAGUUAUAUUGGUUGCGCAUGAUUCUUGGGUAACCACGAGCGAUCCGGUGAAACGGAUCUCGGAGGAGGAGAGAGGCUAGGAGAACGUCUAGGAUGAGAAUAUAAGCGUGUAGUUUUAGAAUGAUACGAGAUCGACGAUGUUAGCCAUAAGAGGCAUGUAGAAUAAGAAGACUAUUCAUACAGCGGGGAGUAGAGAGGUGUGGAGAACGAGAGAGGGAUCGAAGCCGACACUUUGUGGAUUUUCGUCUUACUGUGAUUUCCUUUUCUGCGCGUCGUCACUUUCCUAAACGAUGUAGAGCAUAGGUCGUAGCAUUGUUAGCACGAGCAUUAUUCUCGAUGGCCCGUUAUAAACGCAGAGAGAUGUCGAAAUCGUAGAGAAGGGAUCUUUAUUUUAGAAGAGAUAGGGUACAUAUUCUUUCGAACGUGAAAGAGCGAUCAAACGAGAAACCAUGAAAUAACGAAACGAGAAGAAAAAGUUAUCCGUAAGACCAACACACACGAACACGCAUAGAUAUGUGCACACACAUACACACGUACACACACGCACACGUACUCGCGCAUACGUAUUACCGAAAGAUAUUUAAAAAGAGAAAAAAUAGAAAAAAUAAAUAAA